UUUUUUUUUUUAUGUCCAAACAAAGCCCUAUUAUAUAUUCUCUCUUAUACUCUUCUCGUAAACACGAAGUAUUCAUCUCUCAGUACCAGAGUGCGCAGGUUAAGCUGCAGAGUGCGUAGGAUAAGGCCAGUUGUGAGGAUGGAUCGGAAACGCGCUCUUCUCAUUGGUUUUGUCUGCGUAAUCGUCGCCGGUGUCGGAGGUCAGGCUCCGGCUGCCUCUCCAACCACCACCCCGGCACCGUCAACUCCGACUACGCCCGCUUCUUCUCCUCCGCCAACUACUGCUGCUCCGCAGCCAACCUCCGCGCCUCCUCCUCCACCGGCUACUCCCACCUCUCCUCCACCACCACCGGCCGCUACUCCUGCACCCGCACCUCUCGCCGCCGAGCCGCCUGCUCAGGUUCCUUCUCCAGCUCCUGCUCUAAGCAAGAAGCCGGCAUCUCCAUCACCAUCGCCUCUGGCGCUGAGCCCUCCUUCACCACCAAUCGGCGCUCCGGGACCGAGCCUCGGAGCUGUUUCUCCUGCCCCUUCAGCGACAGAUCAGAGUGGAUCAGAGAGGGUGAGAUCGAUGAAGAAGAUUGUUGGAAGCGUUGGCGUUGGGUGGGGUCUCCUGUGUUUGGUGAUUUAGAUUAGUUGAUGUGGUUUACAUUAGGAUUUUUUUGAUGGGAGGCACCAUUUUGUAUUGAUGCUUCAAUUCAGUCUAUGAUUACUAUUUUCACCACUUUUAUCCAUUUUCUUGUCUCUCCUAUAAUUUAUAUGUUUAUCUGCGAUAUGUUAA